GCUGACAGCGCGGCUCCCGCGGCGGCGGGGCCCGGCUCCCGGGAAGGGCGCGCUCCUCGGGGAGGGAGGGCCGGGCUCCGCGCGCCGCCGGCCAGUCCGCGCGCCGCCCCGGGCCCGCCGCGCGCACCGCGCCGCGCCGGCACUCCUCCGCGCGGCCCGCGCCGCCGCUAUUUGUCCUGGGGAGCGGCAGCGAGCCGUGCCAGAAGCGGGCGAUCCCGCCGCGUCCGGCAGCCCUUUCCGCGCCGCGCGGCUGCGGGGGCUCCGCGCCGAGCGGCCGCCACGCGAGUAUUUAUCCGCGCCGGAAAAAAAAAAAAAAAAAAAAAGCCAACCCGCCGCCGCCGCCGCCGCCGCCACCGCCGCGCGCCUCGCGGUGCCGCCGGCCGCCGCACUUUUUCCUUCCUUCCUUCCUUUUUUCCUUUUUUUUUUUCCUUUUUUUUUUUAACCACCAAGCUGGAACGCCGUGCGAGUAGCUGCGCAGAAGUGCUCAGCAAAUUGUUUAUGUCGCGCCAAGACAGGACAGACUGAAGGAGGCAGCGCGACUUGAGCCGGGCUUUUCUCCUGCUGCUCCCGGGGAGUAAAGUCAUCUCUUAUAUCCCGGUCGCCAAGGAGAGAGGGAGCGAGCGAGCGAGCGAGCGAGAAAAAAACCGAGCGGCAACCAACCCACCCGCCGCUGACAUUUCCCUCCGCUUUAACCCCUUUUGGUUGGGAGCCGGUGUCGCCCCAAUUUGUUUUAAUGUUUGGGAUUCAGGAAAAUAUACCGAGAGGCGGGACGACCAUGAAAGAGGAGCCGCUGGGCAGUGGCAUGAACCCGGUGCGCUCCUGGAUGCACACGGCCGGCGUGGUGGAUGCUAACACGGCCGCGCAAAGCGGCGUGGGGCUGGCUCGGGCGCAUUUCGAGAAACAGCCGCCCUCCAAUCUCAGAAAAUCCAAUUUUUUCCACUUCGUCUUAGCUCUGUACGACAGGCAGGGGCAGCCCGUGGAGAUCGAGCGAACGGCUUUUGUGGACUUUGUGGAGAAAGAGAAAGAGCCAAACAAUGAAAAAACUAACAAUGGAAUUCACUACAAACUUCAGUUAUUGUACAGCAACGGAGUUAGGACAGAACAGGAUUUGUAUGUCCGUCUAAUAGAUUCAAUGACCAAACAGGCGAUCGUGUACGAGGGGCAGGACAAGAACCCGGAGAUGUGCCGAGUGCUGCUGACCCACGAGAUCAUGUGCAGCCGAUGCUGUGACAAGAAAAGUUGUGGCAACAGAAAUGAAACGCCCUCAGACCCCGUUAUCAUUGACAGAUUCUUUCUAAAGUUUUUCCUCAAGUGCAAUCAGAACUGUUUGAAGAAUGCAGGCAACCCGCGAGAUAUGCGAAGAUUCCAGGUUGUUGUAUCAACAACAGUCAAUGUGGAUGGCCACGUUCUGGCUGUCUCAGACAACAUGUUUGUACACAACAAUUCCAAACAUGGAAGGCGGGCUCGCCGCCUUGACCCCUCAGAAGGUACGGCCCCUUCUUAUCUGGAAAAUGCAGCUACUCCGUGCAUAAAGGCCAUCAGUCCUAGUGAAGGCUGGACUACUGGUGGGGCUACUGUCAUCAUAAUCGGAGACAACUUCUUUGAUGGCUUACAAGUCGUAUUUGGGACUAUGUUGGUCUGGAGUGAGCUGAUAACACCCCACGCCAUCAGAGUUCAAACGCCACCACGGCACAUUCCAGGAGUUGUUGAAGUAACUCUGUCCUACAAAUCCAAACAGUUCUGCAAAGGUGCUCCUGGCCGGUUUGUCUACACUGCACUUAAUGAACCAACUAUAGAUUAUGGCUUUCAAAGGUUGCAGAAAGUUAUUCCACGACAUCCAGGUGAUCCUGAAAGGUUACCAAAGGAAGUAUUACUUAAGAGAGCAGCAGACCUUGUUGAAGCCCUAUAUGGGAUGCCCCAUAACAACCAGGAAAUAAUCCUGAAAAGAGCAGCUGACAUUGCUGAAGCAUUAUACAGUGUGCCACGCAAUCACAACCAGAUUCCUACUCUAGCCAACACUCCUGCUCAUACUGGCAUGAUGGGAGUGAACUCAUUUAGCAGCCAGCUAGCAGUUAAUGUUUCAGAAACAUCACAAGCUAAUGACCAAGUAGGUUACAGUCGCAACACAAGCAGUGUUUCCCCGCGAGGAUAUGUUCCGAGCAGUACUCCUCAGCAGUCCAAUUACAACACAGUCAGCAAUAGCAUGAAUGGAUAUGGCAAUGCCGGCAUGCCCAAUCUAGGUGUACCAGGUUCCCCUGGAUUUCUUAAUGGCUCCUCAGCUAACUCUCCUUAUGGCAUAGUGCCGUCAAGCCCUACCAUGGCAGCCUCUUCGGUCACCCUCCCUUCAAACUGUAGCAGUACACACGGCAUUUUCUCAUUCUCACCUGCCAAUGUCAUCUCUGCAGUGAAACAAAAGAGCGCGUUUGCUCCUGUUGUCAGGCCCCAAGCCUCUCCUCCACCAUCUUGCACCAGUGCAAAUGGAAAUGGACUUCAAGAGUGCUGGCAGAGCACGCUCCUGUCUGCUUGCCGCCAACCUCCGAGACAUAGCCUUUGUGUCUCAGCAUCAUCUGGAUACAGACCAAGAUGACGGACCCUUACUGAAUCUGAACUCAAAAGAGUAGGCGGCUAUGUCUGGGCUUGUAGUGCCACCCAUGUAAAGUCACUUUUGUUUACCUACCUGCGUAGCACCCAGCUCCGAGGACGGGCUUAGGGGACAAGUUUAGUAUACUAAGACAUGCUGAUGGAAACAGUAUCUUCAAACAGAAUCAGCAGCAAAUCGAAAUGCUACAAAAAAAGACUUUGUUUAAAGAUUUUAUUUAAACUAUUAAGAAUCUACAUGCAAACAACCUACUUCUUCAUGAACAAUUCCAUUUUAUUGACUGAAUUUUUCUCAUAUUUUCACAUUUCUCAGUCCUGAAGAAUAAGGAAAAAGCGACGCCUAUUUUGUAUAAAGUUUCUGAUUACGUCUUGGCUAUGUCUAGUACUUGCUAUGUGUUGGGAGAAACUUUGUGGAUGCACCAUUUUGAUUAU